AUGUGUGAGGAGUGUGGUUUAAUCGAAGACGUUAAACGUUCUCGAGUUUGCUGUUUAAGAGAAAUGUCCUCCGUUCAUCUUGAUUCAAAUAUCCAGGAUGACGACAUCUCCACAUUAAAAACUUACAGAACGAUCAACUGCGCUCUAAAUGCCAUUUGUUCAUUUCCAGCGGCGUUUGGAAAUGGAAUCAUUCUUAUCGUCAUUUGGCGGACCCCAUCUCUUCAUUCACCUUCAAACAUGUUAUUGUUUGGUCUUGCACUGACGGAUUUUCUGGUGGGUUUGGUUACUCAGCCAUUAAAAGUCGCUUCUACUGUGAUGUACCUCGUUUCCGAUGAAGAGGGACCAAUCACUUUGGCGUUUGAUGUCCUCUCUGUUGUGUCAUCUGCGUCGUCUUUUAUGAUAGCAACUACGAUAAGUGUAGAUAGGUACCUGGUGUUUUACCUGCAUAUGAGAUAUCAAGCCAUUGUUACCAAGAAAAAAGUCGUAAUGGUAAUCAUUUUAUGUUGGUUUUUCUCCGCAUUUUUCGGAUUUAUGUGGACUCAGAACACUAUCGCAUAUUACUUUAUUGGAAUCGCUACCUUCCUCAUCUCCUUCACAGUCAUUAUUCUGAUGUACUUUAAAAUUUAUCGCGUUGUGAGACGUCACCAGGCCCAGAUUCAAUCUCAAGUACGAGUCGGAAUCGGACGAGAAGCGUCAUCGCCAUUGCAGUUCGCCCGUUUCAGGAAAUCAGCCAUAAACACGUUUUACGUUUGCUUUAUUCUGUUUCUUUGUUUUUCGCCAUAUGCAUGUGUAGCCGUUGUAAUUCAAUUUACAGGACAAAGUCUCACCAAAUUUGUUGCACUGCAAUACACAGGGACGGUAACGUUCAUAAACUCAUCGCUUAAUCCUGUGGUAUAUUUUUGGCGACUUCCUGAGAUGCGAAAGGCUAUAAAAAGAACUCUUGGUUGUUGCUUUAGACAAGCACGUGUGCAGCAUAGAAAAACAAGUUCGGGGUUUUGAAAGAAAAUUUGCCGGACCUCCAUGUAGAGAUUUCUGAUUUCCAACAUUGAUCUGUACCCUUAGGCAGUAUCUAGGAUAUGAGGAAGGAGAGUUUGUUUUAAGAUGGGUCGUCCUGGUAUGAAACAAUAAGUGAAUUUAAUCAAAGAACUGCACAAAUGGCAAAUGAUGCGGGUCCGUCAACCCGAGUUUGCAAAAUGCGUUUUAUCGUAUUAAAAUUGUAUUCAUGUUUUUUGUAAUUUCGAAAUAACUGAAAAAAUCUCUGACUAAGAAAACG